AUGGUUAUCGCACUUCCUGCCCCAGAUUCCAGAAUGGUUGCAGAAAAGCCUGUUCUGGUCAAGAAUACCGAUUACAUUGAUGGCAAGAGCAAUGGCCACAGCAAUGUGCACCACAACGGCGACAGCAAUGGCCACGGUAGCCACGGGAAUGGCACAAUUGUUCUCCACGGAAAGCCUGCUCCUGUGAUGCCCAGAAUUCCUCCACCUCGUCUCGUCGAGCCGGACACUAUCGCUGCUCUGGCUGAUAGAUUCAGCCUGGACAACUUCAUCAACAAGCAUGAGAUCCACCAGCGAGAGCUUACCAAGAUCGACGACAUUGACACCACAAUGAUCCGAGAUGAUCGUUUCUUCUCCACUGUUACCAACAUUGACUUCAAGCACGUUCACCACUGGGGCGUUGUCAUGAAGGCUCGCGAUAACAUCUCAUCCCACCUCCAAGUCGCCAUCGCUGAAAGUGAUAAACUUCUCGAAACCCUCACUAAGGUUAUUGAGAAACUCGAUAUUGCCGAGCAUGAUCGGGCUGUGGCCUUUGCCAAGUUCGAGGCUGCUGAGAAGCGUCGCAUGGAAAUCGAGCAUCAGCUGAAGAUCGCCAACUGCGAGCUGGGCUCUGCCCGCUUCCGAAUGAUCGAGCUGGCUGAGGAGCGCGAUGAUAUGAUUGCCAAGGCUGAGGUUUCGCAAAAAGUCCUGCACAUCAGGGACAAGCAGCUGUCAGCCCUCCAAACCGAAGUCUCCGACCUCCAGACUAAGGUGAUUAAUCUGACCGCCCUGCUUGCUGCUGCUGUCGAGGGUGCUCGGGAUGCUCGACACGAACUCAACCUCGCCAAGAUGGAGAUUCAGGUGAUGCGCCAGAAGAUCGAUGCUUUGAACAAGACAAACGAAGAGCUUUCUGAGACCAAUGUUGAUAUCACCCGAAAAUUGACUGAGCUCUCAUUGAAAUUCGCCGACGUUUCUCGGGACAACAAGGGCAAGACAAAACUUCUUGACGAGGCUGAAAAGGAGCUUGCCAGACUAGUCAGCAUCAAUGAAAAGCUCCAGGAGCGUCUCAAGGUUGCUGAUGAGCACAGCACAACACUGAAAAUUGCUCUGAAGGAAGCCUUGAAGGAUCGCCAGCAGGCUGUUGACCGUGAGGAGGUCGCAAUCAAAAACCUCAAGGAUUCCGAACGCGCACGGGAUGAGGCUAUUCGGAACGAGUUGGAGUUCAGAACACGAUACUCCUCCCUCCACAUUAUCUGGGAGGACACCGACUCCACUCUCAAGCAGGUCUCUCAAGAGAGAGAUGACAUGAUGGAGGAGCGGGACCGUGCGCGUGAGCGAGCUUUCGCAGCUUGCCACCAGGUCCAGGAGAGCAUCGAAUGGGGACAGGCUCUCAACUUCAUCAACCACCAGCUUCUUGGAGAGUGGGAGAUUAUGAAGACUGAGAAGAUCACAGCUGUGAAGGCCAAGCUGGAGGCAGAGAAAGAAAAGUUCGUCGUUCGUGGUCAGAGAGAUACCGACCGUGAGACAAUUAUUCAACUGCAGGCCCAGCUGGAUGAGCUUCUCGAUGGUCACAGAACCCUCGAAAUGGACUGUGUCUUCCAGGCCAGCCAGUUCCAGCAAACCAGGGAGAAGCUUGAGGCUCAACUCAGCGACAAAGCUGACCAGCUUGAUGGCGCUCAGAUCUCCCAGCUCGGGUGGGACAAGGAGAAGGCCGAGUUGAACAAGACACUCCAAGGUGAAAAGGGUGAGCUCGCUAAGGCUACUGCCCGAAUCGCCGAGCUUGAGGCUUCGCAUACCAGCUCAGAGACUGUGCUGAAGCAGGAUAUCCAGAAACUCUCACAGACCAUCAAGGAGCUCGAGGAAGGACGCGACAGCCACGCUCAGGAAAUCCAAAAGCAAUCCGAGGAGAAGUUGCGAAUCGCCAAGCAAGAGAUUGAAAUAUCCUUCAAGGAAACCGAGCUGGGUCUCAAGAAGAACUUGGAGCAAUCGAAGCUCGGAUUCGAGGCCGAGCAGAUUUACAUCCAGGGCAUCUACUAUGCUGGCCAGCGCCUGGAGGACAACAAGCAGUUGGAUGAUGUUAAGCGGAAGGAGAUCUACACCCGAGUUGGGGGUGCAUUUGGCUCUUCUGAGGCUUUCCAUGUUGAUCAGUUCUUCCCUGAGAACUUGAAGAAGAAGCAAGUUGUUGUUCUUUACCGUCUGAAGAAGGGUGAUGAGUCCUCUCGCAUUCUGACUGCUUCGGAGGGAUCCGUGAAGUUCCCCAGCAAGAAGUAG